GGCGGGCUGUUUUGAAUAAGGAAAUCCUGAAACAGCUACAGCCGGCAUUGUGUUUUUGUAUGCAUGAAACGUAUGAAGUAGGAAAGUGAAAAUGCGCAAGUUUGUGUUUCUCCUCUCGUUCAUCGGUUUUAUCAGUCCCGCCGCUGAAGCCCUGGAUAAUGGUCUGGCGCUGAAACCCACCAUGGGCUGGCUGCACUGGGAGAGGUUCAUGUGUAACAUCGAUUGUGAAAGAGACCCCGAUAACUGCAUCAGCGAGCGUCUGUACAUGCAGAUGGCUGAUAUGAUGGUGAAGGAAGGCUGGAAAGAGGCCGGUUACGAGUACGUCUGCAUCGAUGACUGCUGGCCCUCCCAUCAGCGCGAUGCCAAGGGCCGCCUGCAGGCAGACCCCAAAAGAUUCCCUCAGGGCAUCAAGAAACUGGCCGACUAUGUCCAUUCUAAGGGUCUGAAGCUGGGCAUCUAUGCAGAUGUGGGGACACGUACCUGUGCUGGAUACCCUGGCAGUCUGGGUCACUACGAGACAGAUGCUCAGACUUUUGCUGACUGGGACGUGGAUCUGCUCAAGUUUGAUGGCUGCUACAUGGACUGGACUUUUCUAGGAGAAGGUUACAUAAACAUGUCAAAGGCACUCAACAAAACUGGAAAAAGUAUCCUGUACUCCUGUGAGUGGCCUUUGUAUGAAUGGUCUCACCAAAAGCCUAACUACACAGCCAUCCGUGAGACGUGUAAUCACUGGCGCAACUUUGAUGACGUGUUCGAUUCGUGGAGCUCUAUCAAGUCCAUCUUGGACUGGACUGCUGCUCACCAGGACACCAUUGUCCCUGUUGCUGGACCUGGGGGCUGGAACGACCCCGAUAUGCUCGUAAUUGGGAACUUUGGCCUGAGCCAUGACCAGCAGGAGUCUCAGAUGGCGUUAUGGGCCAUCAUGGCUGCCCCUCUGCUCAUGUCUAAUGAUCUGAGGAACAUUUGUCCUCGCUCCAAAGAGCUGCUGCAGAACAGACGCAUCAUAGACAUCAGCCAGGAUUCGUUGGGCAUCCAGGGAUACCAAACUGCCAAGUUGGACAGUUUUGAAGUGUGGGAGAGGCCGUUGUCCAAGAAGCGUCUGGCUGUUGCGGUGCUGAACAGGCAGGAGAUCGGUGGUCCUCGAGGGUACAUCAUCAGAGCCAUUCCUGGAUGGAAGAUCUGUGACCCCAUGUGCAAUGUCACACAGAUCCUCCCUCAGUACAAGGAGAUGGGUGUUCAGACUCAACUGAGCACAAUUGUGUUGUCCGUCAACCCUUCAGGCACCGCUCUGCUGACCAUCACUCCAAUCAGCGGCGACUUUAGGGGGUUUUACAAGCUGCACUGGCAGGACACGUCUGACAAACGCAAGCAAAUGUUUUUAUAGUCCUGUGGUGGUUAUGCACUUUAUCCAUGUGCAUUGUUUUAAUUGAGGUGUUUUUUUAAAAAAGGUUUUGCUUUUGUAACUGUUGUAAAAAUAAAUAAUUCAUACAAUUUGCAUUUGCAAAUUUUAAUCAGAUUGAAUAAAUGUAGCUGAAAGUAUUGUUGCACACAUGGAGUCUGUCCUGCUGCUAAAAGGUUAAAAAGCCUUAACAACUUAAACAAGCAUGAUGAAAAAGGUCAAAAUAAACACCCGACACCAGA